AAUGGUGACAAUUCAGGUAGAAAAAUUAGAAAAUAGUUGAUCGAUCACAGUACUAAUCAGCUUCGAAGUAUGUUUUAAUAAUACAUAAAUGGUGAGAAUACAGUUAGAAAAAUAUAACAAUCGAUCAAUAGUUAACCUAAUCAAUAUUUGAGAUAUAUAUUUUAACAAUGAUGAUGAUAUAUAGUUAAAAUAUAAAAUUCACGAGAAAACUGAUAUUAUAAGACUCGAAAGAUUUAGAUUUGGAGUGUUGAAAAGGCAGUAGGAGGCCAUUUUAUAAGGCUAAAAAACCGGACUUUUUAAUUAAUGAAAUGAAAUGAAUUAAGUGAUUGUAUGUGUAAGAAAAGCAUAUAGUAUAAUUAUAUAUUAACUUUAAACCGUUAACCCCAUGUGAUCUUGCCUCAUUUCUCAUGGCUUCCUUCAAUUCCAACUUUAUUAAUUACUUUUCACACAUACUUUUAAAUUAAAAUGUCCUAUAUAUAUAUUUUGCACAAGAUCCAUUGUUCUACAAAUUCCAAUACAACAAAAAAAAGAAAAAAAAAGACAUAACACUUUUUAUUAGUUGUUUUGGACAAGUUCAUUUUCAACCUUGUUUGAUCAACUAUUGACAUAUAUUGUGAGGUGGAUUUGGGUCCAUAUAUGAGAUGGGGUUAGCUAGAAAUGGUAAUAUAAGAAGUGGUGAUUCUUUAGAAGGUAUGUUGAGUGAUUAUAUGGGAGGAAAAGCAGCAAAAAUGAGAUCACAAAAAGGUUCUUCAACUAAAGUUGUGACAAUAUUAACUUGUUUACAGUUUUCUUUUGCUGUUUAUGCAACAUUUCUUCUGUAUUACAUGAGUCCAUCAAUAGAUUUAAGUUCUAAACCAGAUUUUACUUGGGCUACGCGAAUAGCUCGGUCGUGGAAACACUUCAUUAUACCUCCACAUGUUGUUAGUCAUGUUGUGCAGCAAAAGUCAGUUGUUAGUCCUUCUGAUGUUUGUGAACAUGAGAAGAUUGAUUUUGAACAAAAGAAGUCUAAUGAUGCACUUAUGAUCAAGUUGAAGACAGAGUUGUAUCAAGAAUUGAGGGACUUUCAGAACAAGAAUCUUGGUGGUACUGAGACACUUUCUGAGUUGAUGUUGAUGAAGUCGAAAUGGGAUUUACGAGGUCCAAACAAGCCGAAAAUCACUGUGAUCUUGAAUCAUUUCAAGAGGAAAACUUUGUGUGCUCAGAUUGAUUCUUUACUUGGACAAACACUUCAGUUUCAUCAUGUUUGGGUUGUCGCGUUUGGAAGUCCUAAUGAGGAAUCACUCAAGAGGAUCGUAGAUAGUUACAAUGACUCGCGUAUAAGCUUUAUCAGUUCGUCUUAUGAUUUCAAGUACUAUGGAAGGUUUCAAAUGGCUUUGCAAACAGAAGCUGAUCUUGUGUAUAUCGUAGACGAUGACAUGAUCCCAGGGAAGAAAAUGUUGCAGAUUUUAGCACAUGUUGCAGGGACAGAAAAGUAUAUGAAUUCUGUUUUGGGAAGUAUUGGUAGGAUUUUGCCUUUUAGACAGAAAGAUUUCAUUUUUCCGAGCUAUAGGAAGUUUCGAUCCAAGGAGGCAGGGCUUUAUUUGCCUGAUCCUGCUUAUAAUAUCACUGUGGAUAGAAUUGUUCAAGCGGAUUUCCUAUCGAGUUCUUGGUUUCUUUCUGCUGAACUUGUCAAGACACUCUUCAUCGAGACGCCCUUCACUUUCAUGACAGGAGAAGACUUACACUUAAGCUAUCAGCUUCAGAAGUAUAGAAAUGCUGGUUCAUUUGUGCUACCAGUUGAUUCAAAUGACAAAGAAACAUGGGGUGACAGUGAGCACAGACUUGCUUAUGUAUCCGAAACCACUGUUAUAUUCAAGGACACGGUUCAAGUCCGAGAUGAUCAGUGGUGGAAAGCACUCUCCACUGGUUACAUAACGCAAUGGGCAGCGAUGAAUCCUCAGAAGAUUGAUGUACUUUUCUAUGCCCAUUCUGUCGAUGAAGUUAAAGCUCUCGCACCUCUUCUUGAAAAGUUCAGAUCAACAGUUGGAAAAAAGGCCUACAUUGUUGUCUCAGGAGGCAGUUUCUGCCCUUGUGAAGAUGCUGCUGCAGCUUUGAAAUGGCCUAAAAUAGUAUGCACAGAAAGGAGGUUCAAGAUUAUGGAUUUAGGCGUUGGUGCUGUAUCCGGGAUAUCAAAUUCAGAAGUCCCCGUCGUUCAAGCAGUCUAUGCCAGCAUGAAAGGACUAAUCAAGAUUCAUAACCCGAGCCUCGUGAUCACAGUAGCUGAUGCAGAUUCUAAUGUGAUGAAAGCACUCAAGAUGGCUACCGAAGCUAACACAAACAGUUCAAAAUUGGUUCUUCUACCUAGAUCAUCGGUCACUAAGGUUCUUUGGAUGGCUGAUCUUCGUUCCACAGCUUUGCCAAAUUGGAACCGUAUGACGCUUUCUAUAAACAUCAUCACACAGAACAGAGCUAAUUCACUAGCAAGGCUUCUCAAGGCGCUGAGUGACGCGUACUACAUAGGUGAUGAAGUUCCUAUAACUUUCAACAUGGAUAGUAAGGUAGAUGAGGCAACUAUAAAGCUUGUUAACUCAUUCAAUUGGCCUCACGGAACCAAAACUCUUCGAAGAAGGAUCAUUCAAGGAGGCCUAAUUCGCGCUGUUAGUGAGAGUUGGUACCCCUCAUCGGAUGAUGAUUUUGGUCUCUUACUCGAAGAUGACAUCGAAGUCUCCCCUUACUAUUACCUAUGGAUCAAAUAUGCUCUCUUAGCCUACCACUAUGACCCUCUAAUAUCACUCCCCGAGCUCUCCUCCAUCUCUCUUUACACGCCACGUUUGGUGGAAGUUGUUAAAGAAAGGCCUAAAUGGAAUGCAACUGACUUCUUCAAACACAUACAUCCAAACACACCAUAUCUCCAUCAGUUGCCUUGCAGUUGGGGCGCGGUGUUUUUCCCUAAGCAAUGGAAGGAAUUCUACGUCUACAUGAACAUGAGAUUCACGGAAGAUCCAAAGCAAAAUCCAGUACAGAUACCAAAAUCAAGAACUAAUGGAUGGCAAGCUUCUUGGAAGAAGUUCUUGAUAGACAUGAUGUACUUAAGAGGUUACGUUAGCCUUUAUCCGAACUUCCCAAAUCAAAUGAGCUUUUCAACAAACCAUAUGGAACCAGGAGCUCACAUUGCAGCUAAGAACAAUGUAGUUAAACAUAACAAAGCGGAUUUUGAGGUACCACUACUAAAAGAAGACUUCAAGAACCUAUUGCCUUAUGGGAAAAUGCCUCAAGCUUCGAAGCUACCUUCGUUAAACCUCUUCAAUCAACCUGUUUCAUUGAAAGGCUUGAAGACAGCAGGAGCCAAACUAGGUACAGACGUACUUCAAUGCAGUCCAACGGAGAUAGUCUCCGUUCACCACGAUACAGGUUUACCAUCACAUUGUGCAAGAUUCUGAUUACAAAUUACAAUUUUUUUGUUUGUGUUUAUGUUACAUUAUUAUGUGUUAAGAGAAAAAAAUGAGGCUUUAAUGUUGCAGCCAAAAGUGGCUAAUCUGUAUUCUCUUUGUUAUGCCUAAAUCUUGUUAUCAAUCAAAGAAAUGAAACAAAAAAUUCACUCAAAAGCACUCCACACGAGUAUCGAUCAACCUGCUUUACUCUGAUACCAAUUGCUAUAUAAAAUAAACAUGCUUGACCGUCCAAAACCAAAACGACUAGUCUAUUAGGUGGAAGAGCUCACUCAUCAAUGUUGCGAACCAAGCUGAAUCCGUAGGGGCCUAUGGCCUUAAUACGGUGAAUGAGACUGAUUACGUUAUAAUUAUUUUGGGCCGAGCAAAAUAUUAGAAAGUAUUAUUUCGAAUCCAGACUCAAGUACCAUUUUUUGAACUGGGAGUUAGAAAUAUCAAAGUUUUGGCGUGUGAUUGUUUUGUUGUGCGUAUUCUACAUUGUAACUCGUAUUCGGUGAUUAUUUUAUUUUAUUUUUGGUACAUACACUCUUUGUUUUUUUUUCUUUUCAAUGAACGAAGGACUAUUGAAAUACAACAUAUACUGUCAAUACAUAAAAGUUAAAUUAAUACGCGGGGAUCUAGUGAGUGAAAGAGUCCUACCAACUAACACCAACAUGGAAACUGGGUGGUUUAAGUCUCAACAUCUCAUGAAAAGUAGAAUGUUAAGGACACAAUUUUAUUUUAUUAUUCAAAAGAUAAUUCAGAAAAAAACUUAGCUUUUGCUUUCAAAAAAAUUAUUUAGAUGGUUUACCUAACCUAAGUUAAUUAAAUGCAUUAUUUGUUAU